AUGACGAAUUCGGAGCUGAAAUUUUACACUCAUCACCUUGAUCCGAACAUGAAAUGGUUCCCGCGGCCCGGUGAAAAGUGCAGUGGAGAUUAUUACGUGGAUAAAGUGAUGUUGCUAGUGAAUUGGUUCAAAUUCACCAAAAAAAUCUACGACAGGGAGUAUUAUGAGUAUAUUGUGGAGAUGAAGAAGGAGAAAAGAGUGAAAAAUAAAAAAACUGGCCAGACAACAAUAAAAACAACAGAGAUUCCAAUUCUGGACCGCCCGAAACUAUUCUGGCAGCAUUUACGAUACGAGCAGUCUAAGAAUCCGUUCGAUAUCGAGGAUUAUGUAUUCGACGACAAGGAUAUCGUCUAUAGUAUUCAUAGAAAUGAAACUGGAAUGAAUUCCGUCAUGCCAGACCCAGAAAACCCGAAUAUCACCUAUAUUCUACGGAUUCAAUACAUGGGACCAUUCCGGUUACAUUUUAGUAGAGAAGACCCGGCGAAAGACGAUUUGGCGAAUAGAAGUUACAAGUUUUUGAAGGCGGUGAUGACGCAGAAAGUGAGAUGUGCACCGUAUAUGGGAAAUGAGGUUGCCAUCGAAUUCGCGAAAAACUUUGUCUACGAAGGCAAUUCGAUCCUCCGAAUCCCGGAAUCCUUCCAUGACCCGUCGAAAUUCGACUAUUCGCUGGAAAUCGCGCCGAGAAUCGAGGCAUGGUUCGGGAUUUAUAUCGCAGUAAAGGAGCUUUUCGAUGGAGAGCCCGUUCUCAAUUUUGCCAUCAUCGACAAACUAUUCUACAACGCUCCGAAAAUGUCACUUCUCGACUAUAUUCUACUAAUCGUCGACCCAGAAACACAGAAUGAUGAGCGAAGAAACCGCCGGAAACAACAAUUACGCAACGAGAAUCUGAGAGUUUCUCCGUUUCAAGCGAGACAAAUCGAGAAAUGGGUGGAGAAUCUGAAAUUGAAGUGUUGUGAAGUGUGGGAUGAGAGAUUAAAUCGAAUGACCGAAAGACAUCUGACAUUCCUCCGAUUAAGUGAAUACAACGCCAAAGAACAGACCAUUCCGAUUCCAAGAGGACGAGCAAAAAAUGCUCCGAUCGACAACGUUCCCCUCUCCAGAAUCUACAAGAAUAAUCGAAAAGAGAUUCAUUUUCCACUUUUGCCACUGGCCAUUGUCAAAAGUGGAAAUCGAGAGUACUCAGUCCCUCUGGAACAUCUGGAAAUCCACGAGAAGCCGAGUCGAUACAAGAAUAUGAUCGAUCACGCUAUGAAAUACAAAUUUCUGAAACAGACGACACGAAAACCUCAUAUUUAUAAGGAGGAGACCAUAAAAAUGCUCGAAGAUCUCGGAUUCUCGGACGGAGAGCUCAAUUUUGUGGAGAGAUUCGAGUUGUGCUCCGAGCUGAAAAUGAUCUCAUUAAUGGGAAAAGUGCUCAAAGAGCCGAAUCUUGUUAACAAAGAGAAUAAGAAGAUCUCGAUGACCCCAGUGAUUCGAGGAUUCCAAGAGAAACAGUUGAAUGUGGUGCCUGAGAAAGAGCUGUGUUGUGCUCUUUUUGUGCUCCGAGCGGAGGACGAAAAGGAGCCGUGUGUCAGCGAAGAGGAUGCCUCACUAUUCUACAAGACGCUUAUCGAUGGAUGCGAGUUCCGAUCGAUUCGAAUCGGAACGCACGAUAAUUCUGACGCACGUUCGUUACUCUACGAUCCGGAAGCGAAGCGAUACGGAUUCUACAAAGAGGUUCCCCUCCAGUACGGUGCCGCGAACUUCCACGCGGCGGCCAACGACGCGAAGUCGAUGUUCGAUCGUCUCCUCGACAAGGAUCAGAAGAUCCUUCUGUUCAUUGUAAUCUCAGAAAGAAGUCUAAACGCCUACGGAUACAUCAAAGAGUUCUGUGACGUCACUCUAGGUGUCGCCAGUCAACAUAUCACCGCGGAAACUGUACUCAAAGCGUUACAUCAAAUGAGACCGGAAAGUGGUGUCAAAUCGAAGCGAAUCUUCUAUCAGAUCGCACUGAAAAUUAAUGGGAAAUUGGGCGGUGUGAAUCAGGAAUUGGACUGGUCGGAGAAUGGAGAAAUGACGGUGGAGGAGAAGGAGGAGCGUCGGAAAGCGCCACUUCGAAUGUAUGUGGGAAUCGAUGUGACUCAUCCGACGGCUGGAAGUGGUAUUGAUUUCUCGAUUGCUGGAAUUGUGGCGAGUAUUAAUCCGGGCGGUACCGUAUACCGGAAUAUGAUUGUGACUCAAGAGGAGUGUCGGCCUGGCGAACGACCGAUGGCUCAUGGAAGAGAGAGAACUGAUAUUUUGGAGGGGAAAUUUGUACAGUUGUUGAGGAUUUUUGCGGAGAACAACAACAAUCGAAUACCCGCGCACAUCGUCGUCUACCGUGACGGUGUCAGCGACUCGGAAAUGCUACGUGUCAGUCACGACGAAUUGAAAUCUCUGAAAUCAGAAGUGAACGUCUUCCUCAGUGAACGUCAUCUGAAUGAACCGGAGCCCAAAUAUACGUUUAUAGUGAUUCAGAAGAGACAUAAGACACGAAUUCAUCGAAAAAUAGAAGAGAAACGGCCGGAGACAGAGGAAGAGGCGAAACGAUGGGAUGAUGAUAUGAAGGAGAGUGAGAAUACGGGAUACGUGAAUCCGUCGUCGGGGACUACGGUAGAUAAGACGAUCGUUUCCAAGUAUAAAUUCGAUUUCUUCCUGGCGUCACAUCAUGGAGAUCUUGGAACGUCGAGACCCGGUCAUUAUACUGUAAUGCAUGACAGUAUGGGAAUGACUAAGGAUAAUAUUUAUAAAAUGACAUACGAAUUGGCGUUCCUGUCCGCUCGUUGCCGUAAGCCCAUCUCCCUACCAGCGCCCGUUCACUACGCUCAUCUCUCCUGUGAGAAAGCGAAAGAACUCUAUCGCAGUUUCAAGGAACACAUCAUACCGGGACUUCAAAAUAAAACACCGAGUCGUCAGGUCAUCGAGAGAUAUUUGCAAACUAAUGGAGAUUACCCUGGAAUGUCAUUUACUUGA